AGACCCAUAUAAGCCCGCCUCCCAUAUCCACAGCCCCUCCCAUGAUCAUCUUCCCCCACCAGAGGGGUGUGUUUGUUACAAUUAAUGACCCUUCAUCAAUACAUCAUAACCUCCCAAAGUUUACAUCAGGGUUUAUGCUUGAUAUUGUACAGUCUAUGGGUUUGGACAAAUGUUUCAUGACACGUAUUUACCAUUAUAGUAACAUACAGAGUAUUUUCGUUGCCCCAAUCAAUUUCAUUCUUUGUAAAAGAUUUGUCUUCAGAGAACAGAUCGUACUGCAGAUUCAUUGAAGUAGCAUGUGGAGGGGGAAAAGAUGUUUAAGUCUGAGUUGAAUCUAGUGAAUCUCAGGAAAACAGACCAGACCCUUGAAGAUUUCCUUGUCUUUCUCUCUCAGGGGACCAGUCAGCCAUCAAUGAACUCAUGCAGAUGAGAUUGAGGUCUGGGGGCACUGAGGGUCUCUUGGCUGAAAAAUUGGAGGCUUUGAUCACUCAGACUCGAGCCAAACAGGCAGCUACCAUGAGUGAAGUGGAGUGGAGAGGGAGAACAGUUCCAGUGAAGAUCGACAAAGUGCGGAUUUUCUUAUUGGGAUUGGCUGAUAAUGAAGCAGCUAUUGUCCAGGCUGAAAGUGAAGAAACCAAAGAGCGCCUGUUUGAAUCCAUGCUCAGCGAGUGUCGGGAUGCCAUCCAGGUGGUUCGGGAGGAGCUCAAGCCAGAUCAGAAACAGAGAGAUUACAUCCUUGAUGGAGAGUCGGGGAAGGUGUCUAAUCUUCAGUACUUGCACAGCUACCUGACUUAUAUCAAGCUGUCAACGGCAAUCAAGCGUAAUGAGAACAUGGCCAAAGGUCUGCAGAGGGCUCUGCUGCAGCAGCAGCCAGAGGAUGACAGCAAGCGCUCCCCGCGACCCCAGGACCUGAUCCGGCUCUACGACAUCAUCCUACAGAAUCUGGUGGAAUUGCUCCAGCUUCCUGGUUUAGAGGAGGACAAAGCCUUCCAGAAAGAGAUAGGCCUCAAGACCCUGGUAUUUAAAGCUUACAGGUGUUUUUUCAUUGCUCAAUCCUAUGUGCUGGUGAAGAAGUGGAGCGAAGCUCUUGUCCUGUAUGAUAGAGUCCUGAAAUAUGCAAAUGAAGUAAAUUCUGAUGCUGGCGCCUUCAAAAACAGCCUAAAGGACCUGCCUGACGUGCAAGAGCUCAUCACUCAAGUGCGGUCAGAGAAGUGCUCGCUGCAGGCCGCGGCCAUCCUUGAUGCAGAUGAUUCUCAUCAAACAGAGACCUCCUUCCAAGUCAAGGACAAUAAGCCUCUGGUUGAACGGUUUGAGACAUUCUGCUUGGACCCUUCCCUGGUCACCAAGCAAGCCAACCUUGUGCACUUCCCACCAGGCUUCCAGCCCAUCCCCUGCAAGCCUUUGUUUUUUGACCUGGCCCUCAACCAUGUGGCUUUCCCACCCCUUGAGGACAAGUUGGAACAGAAGACCAAGAGUGGCCUCACUGGAUACAUCAAGGGCAUCUUUGGGUUCAGGAGCUAACCAGGCUCUUCCUCUGGGGCGGGGGAGAUUCUGACUCUUCGUCUGUAUUGUGAGAAAAUCCCAGCAAGUUCCAUGAUAUUAAAUCCAGGUCUGCCUUGGCCUGGGGCAGGAGUUUACACCUUCAGCCCUGCAUUCCUACAUCUUGUGUUUGUACACUUACAUUCUUAACCAGUGUGUUAGGAGAGCACCCUGUCGUCUUCUGGUAGAUGUGUGCAGGGUCACCCUGUCUCCUGUACCUCCUGGGAGAGGGGCUGCUGCUGUCUGCUGCCCUGUUUGGUCGGUAAUGCGUUCAGGAGUCCACACCAGGCACAGCUGGGGCCUUGAAACGCUUUGUUGUGCUUCUUCAGUACCAUGGAUUUGAAAUGAACUCAUCCUUGCUGUGAGCAUCCAGGAUCCCUUGAAAUUUCUUCUAUGACUAUGAAACUGGCAACGUCACCCCAGAAUUAUGGUCAGCCUUAUUCCCCUUCACUUCCCAGUGAACGCUAAGAAGUUUCAGAAUAAGCAGAGAGCUCUAUUUUUAGAAGAAAUGUGUUACAUUCAGAAAUGAUGAAACCAAAUCUUAUAUUAAAAGGCAAAGAUGACGGAGA